UAUCUAACUAACUUUAUAUUGAUUCAUAGGAGAUGAAAAUGAAUAUUUAAGUUUCGAUUCAAUUGACAAAUUUGAGCCAAAUGACUUUAAUACUUUUGAAAAACACUAAUUAGAUAUUCAAACAAAAACUCCAAGUCUAGAACACCGAGGAGAGGAAGAAACCAGACAUAAGACAUUCCGAGGUUGACACUGUUCGUUUCCUUCUCCUUCGUCUCUCCUUGUACUGAAAUUUGAAAAUGUCAAUGGGAAACGAAUCGAGUUGGGUUGGAAGGAAAGCUGUGAAGCGAAUUGGUGGAAUGUCCGAUGCUCUAUCAAUUGCCGCUGAUCUCGGUUUCAACGUCUCAUCCCCAUCACUUUCAUCUUCAUCUUCAUCUUCAUCUUCUCCCCACGAACCGCCUCAGAAUUCGUCCCCAACAACCGGCGAAAAGGGUGAAGAUUUAAUUAGGGUUUUGAGAGAAUUAACUUCCGUUCAAAGGAAAAUCGCUGAUCUGCAAGUCGAACUUCAAGGACGAAAGGAUGAUAAAAAUGUUGCACAUUUGACACAUGUGAGUGAAAUGAACAAGAAGAUUGAAACCUUGGCAAGGAUUACUACUAUUCUUAAAGAUGUUAUUCAUAAUAAGGAUCGCAUAAUUGCUCGACUGCAACAACCAUAUUCCCUGGAUUGCAUUCCUGUUGAAGCAGAAUAUCAGAAAGAAUUCUCCGAACUAUUGAUGAAGGCCGCUAGUGACUACGGUGCCUUGACAGCAUCAGUGGCAGACUUCCAAUGGAGUCAGAAUUUUAAGGAGCCUCCUUCAGUUUGGGGGGAGAUGCUACGACCUAUUCCUGUAGCGUUGGCGUCUUGCACUCGAUACUUUGAAGCAAUGUCAGCUAAAAGAGAGUCAUUUUCAGCACUUCAAAAAAUGAGAGUGGGACAGUUUGAAUCCACUGUGCCUAGUACGCCGGCCAGAGAUCCUUCCCAAAGACUACCAGGAGUAUCUGAUUCUCUGACUUCGCUUCCAUCAGAAUAAUGGUAUGCGACAAAGGAUCUGUCUCUUAGUUAUCCAAUAUCCAUCUAUCUUUUGUGUGAAUCGAUCGGUUUAAUGUUUGUUUAAGAAGUGAAUCGAUCAGUUUAAACUACAACUCGGAAUAUAGCAUCAACUUUACUCUUAUUCCUUCAACCAGUGGCAGCCACAGCCUGGUUUAAUUGAACCUUGACCUUUAAAAAUUGCACCUAAAUGUCUAUAUAAAUUGCACUUUGAAUC